AUCUCCAUGGGCGAUGCUGUUGCAAGCGCGCCGGACGAGGUCGACGUAUCUACGGAAGGUGGAGUCGAAGAUGGGAUCAAGGAAGAGCACGGCAAUGCUUACGUGGACCAUUUUGUUCACAUCGUGCAAUCCACAAAAGAUAUCUUCCCCAACCUUCUCACGCAAGAUGAGCACGAUGCGAUCGACACAUUUCUUGCACUCCCACCAGUGGCGCAACUUGUGUACGCACGCCUCUUCCAGCGCAAAGGGCCGUGGUUCCGGUUGUCUUCUCUUAACGUGAUCGCAGAACGCCUCGACCCGAACCCCGACUUGUCCGAGCCAUCCAUCCAGAUAGCAAUCCGCGCCCUCGAGUGUGCAAAGUUCAUUCGGCCUUGCCCGAAAGAUUCGUACGUGGACGCCCUUGACGCGAUGAAGUGCGCAUGCACGAUUCCGGAGAUCCAACUAGUCAUGGUCGCCAUCGGCGCGUCCAAGUCGAAAUCGGAUGUGCGGUACAAAACAAAGUGUUGCUGUCGUGUAGACCGAGAUGCUGGACCGGGUUCGAAAUUUCGUGACAACCCAGCGUCGCCUCGACGGGUCCUUUCAUCCUUUGGCAAAGCACCUGCACGCGGUCGUGAACAGCCCCGCGCGAUCGUCCGAGAGGCACUCUCCCCCACUGACUCUGUUUCAAAUCCACCCCGAGACCCGCGAUACAUUCUAUCGCAUGCACCAGCUUAUGUACAUGACGCUCUCCGUGCCACCAAGCCAGAAACCUGCGAAAUUUGCCGCGUGGAGUGACUGGCAGUGCUCCGCGACGCAGUACAACCCGACGGCUUGGCCCGGCCUUCUCGUCCGAUUCGGCAAGCUGGCAACUUUCCAACCUGUCAAAUUCGCCAGAACUUGCACUAUUUUUCCCAACAUGGCUGCUUUGGUCACGUUUGAAUGCGCCGCGAUGCUGCGGCAUGCCAUGGCGCUCGUCGUGGAAGGCGUGGGUCUCGACGAUUUGGUGCCACACGGGCAAGCCGAAUUGUCCCUCGAGUGGCUCGACAUUCGACCACCGUCCGUUCUCGCGUUUGCUUUGGACGACGCGCCCUUCCACAAGCUCGCAUGCUACGCCAGCGUCCACAUUUUCUUGAGCGCCGUGCCAAACCUGGACGCUUUCGUGAGUGAAAUUCGGACCUGCUUGGCGACGGCCAUUCGAAGCUCACGCGCUCACGACCGGGUGUUCCUGGAGCCGUAUCACGCCACGUAUGGCCUCGCCCGAUGCCUCGACAAAGCGAUUGCGCUGUACGAAAAGCUGGGGCAGUACGACAAGGCGCUGAUCCUGCUGCAAGAGCUCCUGGCCACCCAAGUGCUGCGACACAAACGCGGGUCAUGGUACACGCGCCUGGCGAUCAAUCUCGAGCUCCACAUGAAGCAGCCGCACGAAGCGCGCGCCGUGUGUGAACAGGCCCUUGCUGACUGCCACGUGUCCCCAGCGGACCGCAAAGACCUGGUUCGAAGACAUCUUCGCUUGACGAAGGCAGCGGUGGCCACGGAAAACGAAGUUACAGCGCAGUUUCCGACGCACACGAUCAACGGUCGACCUUUGAAUCGAGCGACGGGUGAGAAAUCGCGCUUCAUUGGGUACGACGACGAAGGGUGCUCCGUGGAGGAACUCGUGCUGCAGCACUACAAAUUGGACGGCUGGCACGGCACGCACCACGAAGGGUCCCAGUUUCGGACGUUGCUUGGGCUGUUGCUGUGGGACGUGAUCUUUAUGGAGAGCAUCCCUGACGUAUUCCAGACGCCAUUCCAGAGCCGUCCGUUAGACUUGGACGCAAGGUAUGCCGACACGUUUUACAACGCUCGAGCGGCGGCCAUCGACGAUGUCCUUCACACCUUGCGACUGGCCUCGCGGAAAGAUUUGUGUGCUCGAUUGGCAGCAACGUGGAGCGCACAUGAAGGCACGCAAUGCGCGUUGGUUAACUGGGAAGGGUUUUCGCUCAAGUAUAUGCAACUCAUGGCGGUCGGCAUGGGCGGUCGCGCGCUCGCAGACUUGAUCGACGUGUGGGUCAAGCACUUGGAAACGAGCGGCUUGCCGGAUCUGUUCAUGCUCCGGGUGAAGUGGCAAGGUGCAACCGGGCCAGAUUACGCGAUGGAACUCGUGGAUGGCGAUAUGAAGUGCGUCGAUAUUGCUGCGUGGUGUGCCGCUGGAAGCGACGAAGCGCCGAUGGACGCCAUGUUGGAGCAAACAGUCGAAGCGCAGUUUGUAGAGGUGAAAGGACCGAGGGACCGGUUGUCCGACACUCAGAUCGUCUGGCUCGAGCGGCUGAAUGCGGCACGCAUUGCGGCCGUCGUGUGCUACGUCCAAGAGCCGAAGAAGGCGCCCGUCGCCGCCACGUCCAAGAAACGUACGAAGAAAGCAGACGCGGCGGUGGGAAAACAAUCGACAACGGACAAGUCGAACCCACCCACCAAGAAAUCAAAACGAAUUCCGCCACCGCAUGUCCCCAUCGAGAUAUUCGACUACUAACGAGGUUUCCUCGGACUUCCAUCGACGGGACGGCUCGACCGUCCACAGGCAAAAACCACCGCGAUAUGUCGCCGAAAAGUUGAAGCCUGUGUGUUCGACUCACGCUGCUGGGAGCGCAUGGCGCGUCAACCCCUCAGACGGAAAAUCGGGCUCGGCCCCGACACGCGGUUCAGGACCACUGGGUGUUGAAUGGUCAAGGACAUCACCACGCCAUUCCUUGAAGUGUAGAGCGCGCGGGGAGGACGCAAUGAGAACCUCGAUCUUGUCUUCAAAUGUCGCUC